AGAGCGCGCGGCACACGUUGUGCAGUGGACCACCGGCGAAUUAUAAUAUUUGACGUUUCGUAAAUAUAAGUGAAAACUUUUGUUACGAAUCGCAAAAGUAUAUCGUGUUUUAUUAUUUCAGUUUAAAGUGUAGUGAAAAAAUAAAUCAAGAUGAUUGCCCUAGUGUUUGUUGUGGGAGGUCUCUUUGCGGCAGCAGAGAGCAGCUGUGGAGCUGGCAAACAAGUACUAAGAACCGGAGGCUUGACAGCUUAUGAAAAGCAGGCGAUAGUAGACGCUCACAACCGUUUGCGACAAUCAGUUGCUUUAGGACAAGUGUCACGACAACCACCGGCAGCUAAUAUGAUGGAAAUGGUGUGGGACGAUGAGUUAGCAGCGUCGGCGCAACGUUGGUCUGACCAAUGCACCACUGCACAUGACAGUGCUUCCCAACGCGAUGUCGGUCGCUUCCCCGUGGGGCAGAACUUAGCAGCCACGUGGACUACUCGCCCGCCAUCUGAAGCAGUGGAUUCCGAGCCAGAUUUCAUGAAGCAGAUCAAUGCUUGGUUCGCUGAAGUCCAUAUUUUUGGAUUCAAACCUAUCAGCGGUGGACGUGGAACAGGACAUUAUUCUCAGUUGGUUUGGGGUGAGACAUCGCAAGUUGGCUGUGGUUACACCUUCUACUAUGACCCUGCUCGUGGCUACACCAAGUUGUACGUUUGCAACUAUGGCCCCGGUGGCAACGUUAUUGGAUCCAACCCGUAUGAGAAGGGACACCCAUCAUGCGGUGCCUAUGGACUCGCUGAUUCCAGGAAAUAUUCUGGUCUUUGUUCCACAAGCUACACCGCAACUUCUAGCUAUCAAACCGAUAACAACAACAACGGUUACAUCUCGAAUGGCAUUCCCGACAGCACAGUGGAAGCUCCGGGCUUCAAGUACCACUUCUACAAACAAUUUGACAAUCAGUACCAGUAUCAAUACCAACAGCCGGAGACCUUCUACAGAGCGGAAACCUCGACCUUCAGCCCGCUCAUCAGUAUAUUGAAAACCGCCUCAAACUUGUUCUCCAAACCGAAGUCGCAAGGUUUUAGGCUUGGCAACGUCUAUGUUUAAGUGUACUAACUGUAGUAUGAAAUUUUGUAGCAGUAUUUAUUUCACUAUUGUGACAGAGUGACUCGACUGAUCGUUUGGGCCUGUUAUACGCAGAGCUUGGAACAUUAUAGAAAAUAUUCCUUGGUUUUACAAGGAGCUUAAGGACUAUCUUAUUGUAACCAGUUGUUUGUGAGUGAACUUCGGACAGUUUGGAGGUCUUAUAGUUUUUGCUAAAAAAAAAACAAUAUGCUGUCGUGAAUGACCUUCUAGUAUUAGAUUAGCGUGAAGUAUG